GAAGGUGUGUGUGUGUGAAUAUUGGGAGCCGUGCGGCUCCCGGCCUGUUCUUAGUGUCUCUGCCUUCCAGUGAGAGUGCACGGCGCCCAACCAACAGCAUGGCAUACAGCAUCGAGCAGAGGGCCAAUGUCAACAGCCUGGAGUACCGACUGUUCUUCAAAGACUGCAAGGGAAAGUAUAUCUCUCCAUUCCAUGAUAUUCCUCUGUACGCAGAUGAAGCCAAAUAUAUAUUCAACAUGGUGGUAGAGGUGCCACGAUGGACAAAUGCAAAGUUGGAGAUUGCCACAAAAGAUCCUUUAAAUCCUAUAAAACAAGAUGUGAAGAAAGGCAAGCUGCGUUUUGUGGCCAAUGUUUUCCCACACAAGGGCUAUAUUUGGAACUAUGGCGCGAUCCCACAGACCUGGGAAAAUCCAUCACAUAUUGAUGAAAAUACUGGUUUUGGAGGAGAUAAUGACCCCAUUGAUAUAUGUGACAUUGGGAGUAAGGUAUGUGAAAGAGGAGAGGUCAUCAAGGUUAAAGUCCUUGGCACCUUGGCAUUGAUUGAUGAAGGAGAAACAGACUGGAAAGUUAUUGCCAUUAAUAUUGAAGACCCCGAAGCUUCUCAUUUCAAUGACAUUGAAGAUGUCAGAAGACUGAAACCCAAUUAUCUGGAAUCCACAGUCGACUGGUUUAGACGGUACAAAGUUCCUGAUGGAAAACCAGAGAACCAGUUUGCCUUUGAUGCAGAAUUUAAAAAUAAGGAUUUUGCAAUAGAUGUGAUAAAAUCCACCCAUGCUCACUGGAAGGCACUGGUAACCAAAAAGUCAGAUGGAGGGGAAAUCAACUGCAUCAAUACCACCGUAGAAGAAAGUCCUUUUACCUGCAAACAAAAAGAAGCUGAAACCAUUGUGAAUGCUACCCCUCCGUGUGGACCUGCAAAGUCUCUUCCAGAAGAUGUGGACAAGUGGUACUAUUAUCAGAAGAAUUAAUUACCGGUAGAUGACCUCACGCUAUUAUUGCACACCUUUCUGCAGGCAUUAUCAUGUGCAACAUAAAGAAGAUUUUUUUUUUUUUUUUUUAUAGAACAGUUGACAAUACAAACGGCAAAUGUUGUAAUCCUUUUUAGGUACAUCAUGGUUCUACAUUUUAUAGUACGCUAUGACUGAUGCUGUCCUGCAACAACACUUUGUUACUGUCAAUGAUAGAGACAUCUUAUUCUCCAUUGUCAACAAUAUGAGCUUUUUGUUCAGGCUGUGCUAUUUUCUAACAUCAAACUGGACAGGCAUGCCGCAAUCUGCUAAAUAAAUAUUCCAACCUCCUGUGUAGAUUCCCUGUACAAUAGAAGCAAAUAAAGCUACUUUUGUUCAUACAUACGAGUUUGUCUUGUAUAAGGUCUAAAAUAGCGUUUGAAGAGAACCAUUGCUAUAAUAAAUAUAAAUUGUAUUUAAAUAAAAUUUAAAUAAUACCUGUA